AUGAAGCACAUCAUCAAUCUCUAUGAAAAUACCAAUGAUACUGUCAGAAACAAUUCGGACUGUCCUCCCGUGGUUUUGCCAGAAGAGAUCUUUUUCACAAUCUCCAUCAUUGGGGUUUUGGAGAAUCUGCUCGUCCUUCUGGCAGUGAUCAAGAAUAAGAAUCUCCAGUCCCCCAUGUACUUCUUCAUUUGCAGUUUGGCCAUUUCCGACAUGCUGGGCAGCCUGUAUAAGAUCUUAGAAAACAUCCUGAUCAUGGUCAGAAACAUGGGUUAUCUCAAGCCGCGCGGCAGUUUCGAAACCACGGCCGAUGACAUCAUUGACUCCCUGUUCAUCCUCUCCCUGCUGGGCUCCAUCUGCAGCCUGUCUGUGAUCGCUGCUGACCGGUACAUCACCAUCUUCCACGCCCUGCAGUACCACAACAUCGUGACCACGCGCCGCGCCAUCGUCACCCUGGUGAUCAUCUGGGCAGGCUGCACGGGCACCGGCAUCGUCAUGGUCGUCUUCUCCCACCACGUCCCCACGGUGAUCACGUUCACGUCCCUGUUCCCUCUGAUGCUGGUCUUCAUCCUGUGUCUCUAUGUGCACAUGUUCCUGCUGGCCCGUUCCCACGCCCGGAAGAUCUCCGCUCUCCCCGGCACCAAUAUGAAAGGGGCCAUCACUCUCACCAUCCUCCUGGGCAUCUUCAUUUUCUGUUGGGCCCCCUUUGUCCUUCAUAUUCUCCUAAUGACUUUCUGCCCAAACAAUCCUUACUGUGCCUGCUACAUGUCCCUCUUCCAGGUGAACGGCAUGUUAAUCAUGUGCAAUGCUGUCGUGGAUCCCUUCAUCUAUGCCUUCCGGAGCCCAGAGCUCAGGGGAGCAUUCAGAAAGAUGAUCCUCUGUAGCGGGCACACCUAG